GAUAGAAUUGGAAAGGCCUCUGCCGCUUGCCUGCAUCAGGGAUAGCGUACUAGAUUUACUCCGCUUGGCCCCCGAAAUUCACCGGCAGGCGACUAGAGCCUGUGGUUUCCGGCCUCUAUCCCGGGGAAUGAUAAAUAGCCUAGGAAGUGUCCCCCUUUGCUGCAGCCCAAAGUCCAUAUCCGAGACGAAAUGCCCGGCCUCACUGCUACCGCGCCUUUCCCCGACGAUGCCCCCAUCCACCCUCUACCUGUAAUUGACUACAGGUUGCUCAAGCAAUGGGACCGGAAAGAGAUCAUCAAGCUCUGGGGCGCAGCCACCGAACAAGGCUUCUGGUACCUGGUGAAUCAUGGCGUUGACCGUGAGGUCAACGACAUGUUCGACAUGGGUUCAGAGACUCUUGAUCUCCCGCUGCAGGAGAAGAUGCGCUUCGAACAGGGUGACAAUGGCAAUUCGUUUGGAUACAAGGCGAAGGGGACGAUCCAGACGGACGCGAACGGCACUCGGGACAACGUCGAGUUCCUGAAUAUUGCCCAGGACGACGCCCUGUCAUGGCCAAAGCCGACACACAGAACCUAUCCGUACACUGUGAAUGCGCGAAUGAGUAACACCAUCAUCCCCUUCGUGCACAAGUCGAUGGAUGUGAACACGACGAUCCUCACCAUCUUUGAGCGGCAGCUGGGCUUGCCGAGGGGCGAGCUUCUCAGGCUGCACUCCUUGGAGAGUCCGUGUGGAAGUGAGGCUCGCUGCAUCAAGACACCGCAGAACCAGUCAACAGCGGGCGUCGGCGCCCACACAGAUUUUGGCACUUUGACAUUUCUGCACAAUCGAUUAGGCGGGUUGCAGGUCAUGCCGCCAGGGACGCAGAGGUGGCUGUACAUCAAGCCUCUGCCUGGUUAUGCAGUAUGCAACAUCGGAGAUGCUCUGUCAAUCUUCAGUGGGGGGAUCUUGCGAUCCGCCCUCCACCGCGUAAUGCCACCCCCAGGGACACAGUCGCGGUUCGAGCGGUACUCUAUCGCUUUCUUCACGCGGCCGCGCAACUCGGUUGUCCUGCGGCAUCUGGGGAAGAGCAGCGAUAUGAUCGCACGCGCGAUCGCGAAGGCACCCGAGGGCGAGUUCGAGACGGACACCACGUCAGCGGAGUGGGUUGCCCGGAGAAUCAGGAAGCUUAGGCUCAAGAACAGACAGGGACCUGAGACGUGGUACGCUAGCAUGGGGACGGAACACAUUGGACGCGCCAUUAGUGGGGCGUGAGCGGCGGUAUGCAGGGGACGUAGUGCUAGACUCGGGCUGCCAGCUGUGGCGGUCGACGUGACCGUGUACCUACUUGAAUAUGUAUGUACUAGUAUAAUUGACUUUUAGUGUACUGUAGAUCCCUUUGCCGGCGUGGAAUCAAUGCAGCUUCGCGUUAGAUGGCCGAGAUGAAUUGGAGAUGCAGCUGCGCACGAUGAAAACCGACUGAUCGACCGGUCAUUGACCGGCCCCAGAUCGAGAUAGCACUGUGACGUUACAGUGCCUCACGUGUA